UUAAUUAUUUUAUAUUUACUUUCUUAAACAAAUAAAAGUACAUACGUAUUAAUAAUACGUAAAGGUAACGAUCGUAGCAAGUUUUUUCCCUUGAAGUUAUUCACGAAUGUGACAACAUUUUGUUUUUUCUCGUUUCACUCGCGUAUCGUGGGCAAAAUGACAGGAAUUCCCUCGGGGUUGAAAAUGCGCGAUGCAAUCUAAAUCCACGAUCACCAUCAACCACGAGAACGACGCCGAUGAAUCGAUGGAAGAGUCUGUCUUCGAGCAGAUAUGCGACACGAUAUUCGUUCUGAUACCCGAAGUGCCGCGACUGAAGCAGCUGUUUCUAAGUUGGAGUCAGCUAGGCACCGAAGACAGAGUACAAUUGGACGCCAAAGUGGCCAACUGGUGUUGUCCUAACAGAAGACAGCUUUAUAAACCUUUGCAAGAGGCUUUGGUUCGCUGGGAGACUGUGCAGGACACUCAAGGUGCUCCCGGUUGCGAGCCAGGUAUGGUCUCCUUUUCCUGCGAUCCUCAGUUGGAGGAGGAACUGGUCAGCGUCAUUUAUAGCCUAGAACUGUUAUUCACGAAAAAUCGAAAAGGUAGAGAGAUCGACAUGGAUUACGAGGUCGGUCGUUGCACAGAGCUCAGGAGAGAGAUGUCUUUGAACCUGAACUACGACGGGACUCUGCGCUCGAUUCUGAGCCCUAAAGAUAAAACACCUCAUUCCGUGCACAGUUGCAGUUACAUCGCCGAUUUCAAACGAUCUGACGAGGAUCUAAGCGGUUACCUGACCAAUUAAGAAUCGAUGACGAUUGAAGAACAUUUUUAUCCCAAUUUUCGACUUUGCUAAUGAAUUUUUUUUGGAAAAAUUCUGCAAAUAUAAAACGAUAGAUUAUUUUCUCUUCUAUUGGAAAUUUUGUUCAGUUUAUCCUGGAUGAAUUUUCUUUACGACAAUAGAAACGAAGUGAUAAGUUGAUAGAUGUUAGGGAAUUAGAAAGAGUAAUUAGAGUAAUCUUGAGAGAAGAAUAGGCUAUUAUUUUGUAAAGAGAUAUGUACUCUUACGAUGAAAUUCUAAGAAUAGUUAGUAAGAGAUAAUUUUUUUCUAAAAAUAGGUACUUCUUUUUACUUCUGCCAAAUAUACCUGUUUGCGUCCUUAUCAUUGGUAUAUAAAAUAUGUCUGAUCCAUUUAAGAAAAAAAAUUAUAACAUGUUGUUUGCAUUUUUUUCUUUUCAGAAAAACUUAUAUUAUUGUAAUAAAUAAAUGAAAUAAGGAUUAAAAAAUAAUAAUAAGACAAGAAGAUUAUGAUGAUUCCGAUUAAACAAAAUUAGUGACAUAAAAUAUUUUAUUAAUCAUCAGUUAUAGAGUCAAGGUGUACGAGCAUACAUUCAAAUAAUACAAGUCAAUCAUUUUACUUAACGAAAGAUUCAAACAAAUACGCAACAAAAGGUGUCCGGAUCACAAAUGUAUCAACUCGAUUCGUCACAUCAUUUAAUCAUCAUUUACCUCGUAUUAUCCUUCUUUAUAUUCUUUGUUUUAUUUUUUUUUUUUUUUUUUUUUCUAUUUUCUUUUUUCUUCUCUAAUAUAAUUAUUACACAGCAAUAAUAGGUUCAGGAUGAACACUGCUCCUUACGAGAGAAAGGUAGACGUUAUACAAUACGUGUAUAUGAAUUAACCGCGCUUUACGAGAGCAAGGAACACCCCUCAAGACGUGUGCAGAGACAUCCAUACUUAGAAAAAUUGUCCGCAGAACGUUUAUCCGUAUAUAUAAAUGUGUUACGAAUACGCAUAAAAAUCUGUAAAGUGUUAUAAUGUAUACGACGAUUAACGUGAUCGGUCGCGAUUGUGAUUUUUUUCUACACUCAUCAUGGUCACCAAUAAAAAUUCAUUUUCAUCCUAUGUCUUAUGAGCUAUAUAUAUGUAUAUAUAGCUUUCACAAAAGAUUCACAAAUUUUUAUACACGGACACAUCUGUAAACAAUGUCUCUAAGCCAGUACACGCCUUCACAAUCUCUCAUUUUGUCGAACUCUAUAAAUGUAUUCGGACUAUUUAUGCAGCUUCGCAACGCAAUCCGACGGGAACGUAGCUUCUUUUUUUUUUUUUUCUAUUUUUUUCUUUCUUUUAAUCAUUUACAACACUCGUUUUUUUUCUUUUAUAUUUUUAUUUACAGAAUCGCUAUUAUUUAAAACCGGACUGAUUUCAACGAGUUUGCUUCCUUUGCGGUCCUCGCGAUCAAUUUCGUUUUCCUCGAAAUGCCAAAAA